CAGACUUGACCACUCUUAAAAUUAUCGAAUGCUACUAGUAAGUCUAACAUUGUCGAAUGGGCUCCCAGCCAGCUACUGCGGUACCUUUACAUGCCCCACGGACAAUUCGUGGCACUGAACCUGGUCUCCUUGACCCGACCCAACCCUCCCGCCUAUUGCGUGCACCAGAUUCCACGCUCUCCUUCGCGUCCUUCGAUCCACGUACCGCUCUUUCUGGCGAAGAUAUCCCAGACUUGCGCAAACUAUCUAUUGGCGAGGAUCUACCGCCUCCCAAACGUAUUGUCAUCGAAACAACACCGAAAGGCACGAGCUUUUGGAGGUUUGUGCCGAAAGCGCGCCUGGAUAAAGGUGUGCGCGAUGAAGGCUUUUGGCCACGAGUAAUUGAAAUAUGCGGAGAAUAUGUGUUUUGCUAUCAAGAGCAGUGGGAGAUUUACAAGCUGGACCCUGAAUAUCGGUGUACUGUUCACUUUGGAUUUAAGUUUACGUCUGUUGUGAGGGUUGACCCCAAGGCUCAGCGUUCUAGAGCUCCUUCACCACCAGGCCCAAAGCGCGCACGCGCACGCACGCCUACCCCUGAAGCGGAUACCCCGCUUCCGAGUAAAAGAGCGCGUUCGCAGCGCGCUCCUGUAGACGGUGACGAUCACAGCAGCGAUAGUGAAUCUGGCGAGGACGAAGAAGUAGAACAAAUGGUUGUGGAACAAAUGGUCAUUGAUGGCCUUCAUCGUGCCAGAGCCGAGAUCUUGUCGAAUGCUGUGCGAUCCGGAAGGGAAGAAUUGAAAAAAGAGCGAGAAAAGCGAUGGCAGAAGAUUAAGGGAGCUCAAGCAAAAUAUAGUCAGGAGUCUCAAGAUGAUGGACAGCCAAUGUCCAUGGAUGCGGAACAAUUUGCAUCUCAGAGUAAUACUGGGACGCAAGCCGAAGAGAAUGGCAAACGAAAAAAGAACGGAUUUACCGUUGACACGGAUGACGAAUUAUCACAAGAACACACCCCUACCAAUGGCCAUGUGCGAAAGCGCCAAAGGACCACAUCACCAUGUCGGACCAAACAGGCUUUUCACUACUCGAAAAUGAAACGGGAUAUACGAAAACAAGCAAAAGUUAGGGCAAUGGACGAACGCCAUCAAAAGGGCUUCAAACAAAUGUUUGCAGAUUAUUACCCGCUCGACAUCGACGAACUGCCGAGUGAUCAUAAUGAGCCAUCGACAUGUUCCCAGCCCGCUCCUUCGCAAGAACAGCCUGAGUCUUGUGAAAGUGAAGACUCGGACGACGAGGCAAUGCGACAAACCGAACUCGCAGAGUCCAUUCGCAAAAUGCGAGAACUUGAUCAGGAUAGACCUCUUUGGGAAGAACAGCGAAGGAAGCGUGAGGCGCGUGAACGUGCUGAAGAACAGGAGCGCCAGGCCAAAACUGAACAGCGGAGAAGAGCUGAGGCAGAAAGACAAAGACAGCAGCGUGAGGAGGCCGAACGUCAGGCACGCCAGGCCCGAGCGGAAGCUGAACGACGGGAUGCAGAAGAGGAAAGGCGACGGCAAGAACAGCGGCGGUCUAAGCAACGCCAACGCUGGGACUGCGGUACGUGGACGAGUCAGCGAGCCCUGGAACGAUACAAGGUUCUCAGUGAGGAGUUUGACUCUGCGAAGUUCACGCCUGAUCAGCCGAUCGCUUUUCUUGACAUCCCGUGGCCUGUGCUCCAUCAUCCAUCUCGUCUAACAGUCGAGGACGUGGACUGGUCCGCGGUGGAGAGAUUUUUUGCAACCGUCAAGACCUCCAUGCGUCCUCAAGAUUACAAAGAUUUCGUAGAAAGAAGUCAUCGGCGAUUCCAUCCAGAUAGAUGGCGUGCCCGUAAGCUGUGGUCAGCUAUUCGGGAUGACGUGGAACGCAGCUGCCUCGAGGUUGCCGCCAAUACAGUCGCCCAAGCUAUUACGCCGAUCUGGAGAGAAAUGAAACCGCACUGAUACUAGUACGUCAAAAAAACAUCUAUGCAUAAUAGAACGUGCUUCGUGCGCAUUUAAUAGAUACCCUUAUAUGAAGUUUUGAAUUGAUCACUGCGAUUGGAUUGGUUUGUGUGAAUGGGCGCGCAUCACACACACAGAGCUAGAAUUUCAUUGACAGACGGAAUCCUCCCGAACAUUCUAAA